AUGGUCUGUAGCGAUAUUGCCAAUUGCUCCAAAUUAAACAACAUUACGACCGAUGCUGCCACGUUUGCGACGCUUGACGCGCUUCGACCCGCGCCGGAUGCUGACGAAACAAAUGUCUACGAGGGGUACGCCGUCAACCAAGCUAUCUUGACGAGCGCCACCGCCUGUGCGGCCAUUGGCGGCGAGAUCAAGCGCCUCUGGCAGACCACGUCCAAGUACACGGUCAACGUCUGCGUCUUGUCUUCCGCCUCUACAAGCCCAAGCCCGUCGUCGUCGAGUAGGACCUUGCUGACUACGUAUUCUCUGACGACUGUCGUAGACUUGGGCUUGAUCAUCGGAGUAGCCGUCGGCAGUGUCGUCCUCAUCGGCGCCAUCAUCGCCUGCGUCAUCAUCAAGCGCCGCAAGACCAAGCAACAACACUCCUCAGACUAUCACCGCUACGAGCCUUCGAACCCCGACGGCUUCAGUACCGGUAUGAUCACAGCAGGCCGCACCGUCGGCACGAAUGGCACCAAGACCAACGGCACGGGCGGACGCACGGCCGGUACCACAGGCACGCGCCGGUCGCUCGUCAACACGGAUCUGGACGUCGUCUUGGACGUCAAGCCGCUUCUUCACCACCGAUUGGAGCUCUCAGAGUUGCAAGUGACGACGGACACACCGCUGGCGUCCGGUGCGUUUGGCGAAGUCUGGCUCGGCACGUACGGCGGCAAGCAAGUCGCAAUCAAGCGCAUGAAGAACCACGGGGCGCGGAUGGCCCAAAAGUUUAUUGAGGAAAUCGUCCUCAUGUCCCAAAUGAACAGCGACUACAUUGUCAAGUUUGUCGGUGCCAGCUGGACCCGCCCGAUCGAGAUCGAGUGCGUCGUCGAGUUCAUGGACCUCGGCGACCUGAGCACGUACCUCGUGAACCAGUCGCCAGCGCAGUUCAGCUGGGACCAAAAGCUCAACUGCAUCAUCAGCAUCGUCCGCGCCUUGGUCUACCUGCACACGUACAAUCCGCCGAUCAUCCACCGCGACAUGAAGUCUCGGAACGUCCUGUUGGACUCGGUCAAGGGCACCAAGCUCACCGACUUUGGCGAGUCGCGCGUCGCCGAAGAAGACGAUCUCAUGACCAACGGCAUUGGCACAUACCAGUGGAUGGCACCUGAGGUGAUCUCUGCGACCAACUAUGGCGCGCCGGCCGACAUCUUCUCGUUCGGCAUCAUUCUCUCGGAAUUUUGCACGCACCAAGUACCGUACGCCGACAAGCGCCACCCGACGACGGGCAAAGCCUUACCCCAGCAUUAUGUGCUUCAAGAAGUGCGCGAAGGUCGUCUCCAGCCGACGCUGGACGGGCCGAACGUACCGUCGUGGGUCCAGGAUAUUGCGAAAGAGUGUCUUCAGCUGCACGAAGAGGAUCGUCCGACGUCGCUCAUGCUCGCGUCGAUGCUCAGCAAGUGUCAUGUCUAA